UUGUCACAGAAGUUGGGAGGCCGCGGCUGGGACGAUGAGGCAGAAGCACUACCUGGAGGCGGCGGCGUGAAGUCUAUGCGAGAGCUGCCUGGGCCAAGCCCGCUACCUCCUAUAAUAGCACCUUUGAAGGAACAUGUCCAUACUGUUUUUCAGUUGUUGAUUUUGGAUAAUGCUCGAGUGCGCCUCAAACCCAAGGCCAAAUUGACACCCAAAAUACAGAAACUUCUUAAUCAACAAGCAAGAAAUUAUGCACUCAGUUUCAAAGCAGCAAAAAUUGUGAAGAAGUACAAGAACUCCAAAAGUGUAUUGUUGAUUAUUUGCAAAACAAGCAACAGAACAGUUAAGCACCCUGGUAAAAGUAGAAGCUUUUUGUCAGCCUUGAAAAGCAAUCUUGCCAGUCCUGUCAGUAAAGUCAGCCCAAUGGGGCCAGAGAAGACUCCACGUUCUGCAAAUCAAAAUCCUGGUGUAGCUGGUUGUGAAAGCAAGAGCCCAGCAUUGAUUUUCAGAACACCUGUAUCCGGACAAUCAACACCCAUUCGCUCCUCAAAGAAUAUGAGCAAAAGAAAGAAACAUUUCUCUCAACUAAAAAUGUUGCUUAGUCAAAAUGAAUCUACAAAUAUUCCAAAGGCCGACUUCAGAAAUUUCUUAUCUUCACUGUGAAGAGGAAACUUUGAAAGAAAUGUAUAGUCUUAAUUCCUGAAAGUAAAAUUAGUAAACAACCUUUUUACUUUUAUUCUUUAAAUUUAUGGAAACUCAGUCCAAGGACAAACUUUCUGGCAGCCGUCAGUAUUUAUAGGGAGAAUGUAUCAUUUGAUUGAGUAACUGAAACCUCAGAGGUGGUUAUGAGGACCAAAAAAUAUAUAACAAAGGAUAGGUGGCCAUUGAAUAUUAUUUACUUUAUCCUCUUGUUUUUGCAAUUUUCAUUAUUGAUGUCAUUUUCUUCCAAAAGGAAAUUGAGACUUAGAAGGUCUUUUCACUCCUGAGCUUCUUCCAUAUGUUGGUAAUUUUAUUGCUAAUUCAGAAGAGGAGCCAAGUGUGUCCGUAUUUUCUCACAGUCAUGCUCACAAUUAUAGUAAAAUUCAAACAAAUAAAACCUAUAUAAUAAA